UCCUAGGGCGCUGACUGCUCCCCAGUUUCUGCAGGGAAGCGCCGGGCAACCACAACUAUUGUGCGUCGCGCUAUCGUCCUCCUCUUCCCACUCGGGUGUCGACCGAGGAAGGCUACGUUUCAUAGCCACCGCGAGUUAACUCUUCCGGUUCCAGCUGGAUAGCAGCCCGAAUCCCUUGGACCAGGAGGAAUUCUUUGCAGCCGGAGGACCCUGGUGACGAAACCCUAGGGUUCAAAGAAGACGGCUGAAGGAGGACCCCGAGUGUUUGGGCUCCGGACUUCUGCUUCUCUGGGGCCGGGCGGAGGCGCUGGCUUUAAGAAGGGGGAGGGGACAGUACAAUCCCGGUUGCCCGCGGAGUUCGGCAAAGGAAAUCCUCAACCAGCUCCGGGGAGCGCCGAGCGAGCUGAAGAGGCGGCUCCCAAUCCUAGCACUCGUCUCCGCCUACAUCCUGGGCGGGCCGAGGUGUCACGUUUGCAAUUGCCCGGGAAGGAUCCGGCCCGUCUCGGGGAGGAGCGGACUGCGGUUUCUGCUGCCUAUUGGGAGAGGCGAUGCCGAGGGGGCAUGCUGUUUGCUAGCCAGUACCCCGCCGACAUCCGACUGUGUUAGCUCUCUCUUUCAGCUGAAGCUACCGCCAGGCCGCUCAUUCUUCUUUCGGACUAGCCAGCUCUCGCCUGUAGCCUCAUCGGAACAGAACCAUGGGGCAUCCCCCGCUGGAGUUCAGCGACUGCUACCUGGACAACCCUGAUUUCCGCGAGAGGCUCAAGUGCUAUGAGCAGGAGCUGAAGAGGACCAAUAAAUUCAUCAAAGACGUGAUCAAAGACGGCAAUGCGCUUAUCAGCGCUAUGAGAACCCAUCUUUCCUGUUACCCUGUGGAUGUUGAGCAGUGUUACGUAAAGAGACUUCCUUCCUUACUAGCUGGGGCUCUGGGAAUAUCCUGGGUGAAGUACUACUGCCAGUAUGAGAAAGAGACCAAGACACUCACCAUGACACUUAUGGAGCAGAAGCCAGGUGCUAAGCAGGGACCCUUGGAAUUAACCCUGAAGUACUGUGUGAGAAGGAAGACGGAGUCUAUCAACAAGAGGUUCUGUUUUGAUAUAGAAACUAAUGAAAGGCCAGGAACCAUCACUCUGCAGGCUCUUUCAGAAGCUAACAGAAGGCUAUGGAUGGAGGCCAUGGAUGGAAAAGAACCUAUCUACCACAGCCCUAUAACGAAACAGGAAGAAAUGGAGCUGAAUGAAGUGGGGUUCAAGUGUGUUAGGAAGUGCAUCAAUAUCAUUGAGACCAAAGGGAUCAAGACAGAGGGGUUGUACCACACCGUGGGCAGCAAUAUUCAGGUUCAGAAGCUGCUGAAUGCCUUUUUUGAUCCCAAAUGCCCAGGAGAUGUUGAUUUUCAUAACAGCGACUGGGAUAUUAAAACAAUAACCAGCUCCUUGAAAUUCUACCUCAGGAGUCUGUCUGAACCUGUCAUGACCUACAGGCUUCACAAAGAGCUGAUCUCUGCUGCUGAUCUAUUCAGGUCUACCUGAAGAAAGCACUGCACCCCCAGUGCCUCCACUUUGGGUGACAGCUAGGAGGCACAAAUGAAUCACAAUUUCAAAGUGCUUGCUGCGGGAAAGGACAGUUCUCUAUACUUCUUCCAUGGAUGAAAGUGAAGAUGAAAUCCAACAUCAAACACCUAAUGGAACUAUCACCAGCAGCAUAGAACCCCCUACACUACCACAACACCCCAAACUACCUAUUCAAAGGAGUGGAGAGGUUGAUCCUGGGAGGAAGUCUCCAAGCAGGCCUCUUUCGGAUGGUAAAUUGGAAUCCUGCCCUGACACUGGCAUGGGGAAGUUGGUGUACAGGCUUCAGGAUGGAAGGACCAAGUCCACCUCAAAGGCCACUAAUGGACCAGUGCCAGGCUCUGGGCUCAACAAGGUCCCCUCUUUCCACAUAAGGAGAACAGCUCCUUUGUCCCUGGCUCACCACAAGGAGGGAAAAUGAGGUUUAUGGAGAUAAGUGAAUUGCUGAAGGUUGCACAGCUAGAAACUGGCAGAGCUGUGAUCUAAAUCUCACCAAGACUCAGAGGGGACUUGGACAGUUUCAGCAAAGUGCGGCCUCCUGGAGAAAAGCCCACCAUCAUCCAUCCCCCAGUGAGGCCUCCAGACCCUCCCUCCCGCACAGUUACUCCCCAAAAGCCAGAACCAAAGUCAGAUAUUGUAGCUGGCAAUUCAGAGGAGAUCUCAUCAUCCGUGGUGGCUUCCAGGACCAGAUUCUUUGAAACAGCUUCCCGGAAAACAGGAAGUUCUUCCCAAGGAAGACUUCUUGGAGAUGACAGUUGAGGACACAGGUUUUAAAAGCCUUGGCCUCAGGGACCUUUCCAGCUUCUGAGAGGGGUCUUCUUCAAACCUUGUUGUGCUGAGUCAUUUUAUGCUGAAGAGCAGCUCCUUACUGGCCCUAUACCUUCCGGGCUCUGGGAAGCCAUAAAAUAAUGGCACAUGUCCUGGACACAUGUCUAUUUCUCCUUUGUAUUUUGUCUUCAUCUCCUCAGGAGGUCUAUCUUGAGCCUUUUGAGGAGAGCUCUUGCUUAUUCUCCUAUAAGACUGUGAAUGGCUGGACUCCGUCAAGCCAGACUCUCUAGAAACCAAGUUAUUCACUGACCUGAGUUGAAGAGAGAAGCCCAGUUUUCAAUUCUUCUCUGGCUUUCUCAAAAGGCUAUCGGACUCUGAACGAUUUGGGGUUAAAGACAGACCUCAGGGAUCUUACCCUGAUCUAAAAUCCACUUGAAUUAGGGCCAUUGCUUACCUUAGGGGUAGGGGAGUAAUAACAUUUGCCAAACAUUGGAGAACCUUAAUAUGUCUCUUAAUGAGGGUAUAGAUACUGGUGCCACAUUGAAGCUCUGGUACUGCAAUGUGUUGCCAAGAGCCUGGCUGGUUGAGCAUGUAUGAAGCCCUCACAACCCUUCCAUGUAGACUUAGUAAGGUGGCCUUCCUGCUCUUGCAUACAGCUGCUUAGAACAAAUCUUGAAAGCAUGUUUUGCAUGUCAAAGCCUAGGUCUGCUUGAAUUAUUCCCCCUCUUAUUUUCUCCUGACACCCAAGAAGGAAACAAAAGUUGAAAACAUUUCUUUAAAAAAGGCAGACUUUAUUUAUCCUGUAGAAGUUCUAGUUUUGGAUCAAAUGCUGGAAAAAAUUGUCAUUAAGGUGGAUUGACGUCAGGCAGCUGUCACUGUUACCUUGUGUUUGCUUUCUGCAUAUAAGCUUUUAUCUCCUGAGAGAAAUUGUUCUUAACCUGAUCUUCAUGGAUUCAGGACCUCCAUGAGGCCCCUGGAAGGAUAUCCAGAAAUCCAUGAAAAUGUGCCUUUUCUAGGAAGAUGAUCCAUAACAUUCUUUUGAAUUCCAAGUGGGCCUGUGACUCAGUAAAGGUCAAGAACCACAGCCCUCGAGAUGAAAGGCUCCUUUUACAACCUAUAAAGUAUUGAAUCAGAAGGUUCUCUCAAGAUCAUUUGGUCUAAACACCUUACUUACAGUUGAGGAAACAGAGGCACAGCAUGUAAGUGGCCAUGCUUAGGACUAUCUCAGGUCACUGGGAUUCUAUUCAGGGUUCUUU